AUGGAUGCCAAAGAAGCUUCUGCCACCGAUUUGAAGCGACCAAGAGAAGACGAUGAUACCGCCGCUGCCGCUUCCAUGGAUAACGGAGAGGAGACAAAGGAGCCGGCUUGUUUCUCCUCUGUUAUUCCCGGGUUGUUCUCUGAGUUGAGUCCCAUGUGGCCAGGAGAAGCACACUCUUUGAAGGUUGAGAAAGUUUUGUUUCAAGGGAAAUCAGAUUACCAAGAUGUCAUUGUUUUCCAGUAUUAUCAUAAGUGUACUGUGGUUGAGCCUAGUCAUGGAGUUGCUUUGGCGAAUUAUGGUAAAUUGGUGAUGAAGCUUCACAAGGAUGAAGCUAAAGCAUUAAGCUACUUUGAACGCGCUGUUCAAGCAACUCCUGAGGAUAGCAAUGUUAUUGGGGCAUAUGCUAGUCUCCUCUGGGAGAUAAAUGAUGAGGACGACGGUGAGGUUGAUGAGUCUUUCGGAGACAGAACUCAGCAAGGAAAAGAAGACUUUCAGCCUGAGGGAGGGGGAAAACGCAGCUCAAGGUUGUCUGAAACGGUAGAUGGAGAAACGCUGUGCAGAUAUGCGAAGGCGUUUUGGAGUAUUAAUGGUGACAAGGAGAAGGCCUUGUUCUAUUUCGAGAAGGCCGUUGAAGCCUCUCCAAAUGACAGCAUUAUACUUGGAGAGUACGCUCGAUUCCUAUGGGAAAUCGAAGAAUGA